AUGAGGAUCAUAUUAUUAUUUUGGAAUCUACAAUGGUUGGUUUUACUCUCUAUAUUUGGAAAAUUUAACGGACAAUAUGGAGAAGAAAGUUGGCCUUUAUCAAAUUCAUCUACUAUCCGACUAUUAGGCCUUUUUCAGGAUGAAGUAAACGGUUAUCAAUCUAUUGAAACUGCUAGUCAUUGUCGCGCUAUGUUUAAAGCAGCAGUCAUACUUUCUCAACAAUAUGAUAUAAAAAUUGAUGGGCAAUAUAUUAAUUGGCAAGUAGGAGAAACUCAAGGUCAAGCAAUACAUGCUAUUCGUAGUGCAUGUGACGCAUUAUCUGCUUAUAAUAUUAUUGGUAUUGUGGGUCCAGUAUUAUCAAGAGAAAUUCCUAUUAUUGCUGAGUUUGGUAACCAAGUUAAAGUACCUGUUAUAUCGCAUGCUGCAACAGAUCCGAAUUUAUCUGAUCGAGCAACUUAUCCGGUUUUCUAUCGUACAGUUCCUUCUGAUAAUAAUGCGGCGACAGCAAUUGUAAAAUUAUUUCUUCGAUUUAAUUGGACUUCAUGUAUAAUUAUUCAUCAAAAUGAUGCCUAUGGAUUUGGCGGUCUAAAAGCAAUAACUGAAGCAUUCGCUCCUAAUGGUUUUAUAGUUACAAAUACAUUAGUAUUUGAUAUAUCAAAAGAAAGUAUGCGAGAUAAUUUAAAAAAUAUUUUAACUAGUAGUUCAUCACGAAUUGUUAUAUUAUGGGUUGAAGCAAAUUAUGUAUCUUCAAUUGUAACUACAGCACUUUAUUUUGAUGUACUUGGUCCACAUUUCACAUGGAUAUUAAGUACAAGUGUUCCAUUACAUUUUAAUGAUAUAUCUAUCAAGAAAUUAAUUGGAAUACUUACUGUUGAGCCUACAUCAGGAAAUGUUUUUCAAGCACCAAUUAAUACAACAUUGUUACAGGAGGCCUAUAACAUUUGGCAACAGUAUGAACCUGAAACAUUUCCUAACUCGAACGACGUUGAUUAUUUCGCAUUAUUCGCAUUUGAUGCAACUUGGACAUUGAUUCAAUCAUUAAAAGAAUUUUGUUCAAGAAAUAUUGAUCAUUCUUCUUUAUGUAUAUCUUUUCUCAACACUUCAUCUUGUUUUGAUCGUCUGUUUCUCGAUAACUAUUUAUAUUUCAACAUAAUUGAUAAUAUGACAUUUCUUGGUGUCUCAGGUCCUGUGCAAUUUAGUAGUGAUGUAACAGACAGAAUCAAUGGUUGUUAUUAUAUUGCAAAAAACUAUCAACAUCAUUCGAAUGGACCAGAUUUUGUUCCAGUAUUGAGAUAUUCUGUUGAAAAUGAUUGGGAAGAAUAUUCUGAAACACGUGCCAUUAUUUGGCCAGGUAACUCUUUAACACCUCCUACUGGUCGUGCACAACUUCUGGGUGUUAAAUUAAGAAUUGGUGUUAUAGAAUCAUACCCAUUCACCAUUGUUACUUCGGUAAUCAAUGAAUUUGGACAGAAUAUAACGAAAUUCACUGGUUACAUACCUGAUCUUAUCGAUCAUCUGCAAAAGAAAAUGGGAUUUAUUCCAAAUAUUGAGUUAAUAUCAAAUCAAACAUACGCUUCAUUAGGAAAACUAAUAGAGAACGGUAUUUAUGAUAUAAUAGUAGGUGAUGUAACAGUUACCGCAGUAAGAAGAGAAAAAGUUGGAUUUUCACAAGCAAUAUUUGAAAAUUCUUUACGCAUUAUUAUGCGAAAAACUCCUAAUACUCGGUUCGAUCCCUUGGCAUUCUUAAAACCAUUCACGCUUAGUCUUUGGUUAUUGAUCUUAGGUACUACUAUUAUGACUGGUAUUUUAAUCUGUUUAUUAGAGAGACAAAAAGAUGAAAAACGACGAAAACAAUCAGUCAUGAAUGUAUGUGCAAUGGCUGUGUGGUAUACUUUCGGUAAUCUUAUUGGAUUUGGUGCAGAUUUUAAUGUUAGAACAGCUAGUGGACGUUUAUUAACUGCUGGCUUAUAUCUCCUUUGUUUAGUAUUAGUUGCAUCAUACACUGCAAACUUAACAUCUGAUUUAACAAUAGCAAAAUCAAAGAAUGUUAUUUCUGGAAUCGAUGACAUUAAAAAUGGUAAAAUACCAUUCAAUCGUAUUGGUAUUGUUAUUGGCACAGCCAGUGAAGAAUUUUAUUUAAGAGAAAUCUCUAGUGGUAAUCGAAACUUUUAUCCGCUAAAAUCUCGAAAAGAAAUGUAUGAUAGUUUAGUAAACAAUCUGAUCGAUGUAAUCUUUAAUGAUGCAGGCGUUGCUGAAUAUUUGACUAAUAAUAUCUAUUGUAAUGCAACAUUAAUUGGUGAAGAUUUUGAUAAAGGUGUCUUUGGUAUUAUUACACCUAAACAAUGGUUAUAUGGACAAGAUUUAGAUGUUCAUAUAUUAUCUUUAAAAGAAUCGGGCGUUCUUGAUGAUUUGCGACGCACAUGGUUUCAAGUAAAGAAAUGUCCUGAUUCAUCAGUAACAUCUACUGCGAUUGGAAUUGAAUCAUUGCUUGGGUUGUUUGUGUUUCACGUACCACAAACAGCAGAACGUGCACGAAUUUUAUUGCAACAAUUGACGAAAUUUAAACUGUUCCCCGUAACCGAAGCUACUCUGCAAAUGGUUUGCCAUGAUGCUCAAUGCGGAUUCUAUACAUCAUCCAUACGCAUGAAAAAGCCUCACAUAACUGAUCUUAAACUUCAUUAUGGUGAUGAUUUUCCGGACACACACGCAGAGCUUCUUGAAGUGCUUCAAGAAAAAGAUUCAACUGGCAUUACUUUUCUUCAUGGUUCACCCGGUACGGGCAAAACUUUUUAUUUACGAUAUUUGAUCAAUGAGAUUAAAGACAAAAGUUUGAUCUAUGUUCCACCUGAUCUUGUUAAUGAUAUGACGAAGCCAGGUUUCUUACCGUUUCUCAUGCGAUAUCCAAAUUCAAUUCUAAUUGUGGAAGAUGCCGAAAACAUAAUCCGUGAUCGAACUCAAGACACUUUUGCACCGAAUCAGGCCGUCGCUAAUUUGUUGAAUCUGUCCGAUGGUCUACUUGGUGAUGCUAUGCAUCAACAAAUCAUAUGUACUUUCAAUUGUGAUGUACGAAGUAUUGAUGCUGCUCUUCUACGCGAUGGGCGACUUGUUAUCGAACAUAAGUUUGAUAAGUUAAGUGUAGAGAAUGCUCGUCGUUUGUGUAUAGAAUUGGCCAUAGCUGGCAAUGGCGACGAUAUUCACGAAUCAAUAUCCUUGGCGGAGAUUUAUGCACGAAAAACUGCAGCAGUUGACGUUUUGUCCGAUAAUCUUGAAAAUGGACAGGCAACAUCAAAAAAUAAACGGCAGUCUAAAAAAACCAAGAAAAAAGCAACAGAUUCAUUUUUUGGUUUUUAUUCAUAA